AUGAGCUACAACCCCCGAAACCCAACAAAUGUCGUCAGGGCCAAUGCCUGGCCCGAUGCGGACUCGCUCUGCUUGGCAUUACUCCUUACACUCCUGGCUUCCCUCGUGCGAUGGUUCAUCUAUUUCGUCUACAGCGACAUCGUCUAUACGCAGCCAGCCGAGCGAGCCGCCGAACAGGCUGAGAAAGCUAUGGUCGAAGCUGUCCGGAUGGCACAAAUCAACGGAGCGCGGGCACUUGGGGAGCUACUGGAGGAGCUCAAGCACCUCAGGGCGGCGAUGGAAAUCAUUGCAGGGGCGGAGGUCUAG